AGGAAGAAGGAGGAAGGGGGUGCCCCGCCCCUUGGCCUUCAGCCCAGGCCGGAAGGAGGCAGCUGGGCCUGGGAGGGACCUCAGCCCAGCCCAUCUUCUCACACUGCCUUUCCCGGUCAGAACCCAGGACAGAGACCUCCCUGGGGAGGCCAGCAGAGGUUGGGGGACACACGCUGCUCCUGAGUUAAAGGUCCCCGUCCCUCUCCUGGACCUCAGGAACGCCUGGCACGAUGCUGCGGCUGGCCCUAUCCUGGCUAGGCCUGGGUUUGGUGGGCACCCCCUCCUGGCUACUCCUAUUUCCGCUGGUGGCCGGCUCCUCCUGGCUCCUGGCUAGGCUUGUGUCCUGGACCUACGCUUCCUAUGUCAACCGCUGUCGCCUGCGAUGUUUCCCCCAGCCUCCUCCAAGGAACUGGCUUCUGGGUCACCUGGGCAUGGUGCAGAACAACGAGGAAGGCUUGAGGAAGGUGGAAGAGCUGGGUCGCACCUUCCACGAAGUCCACCUCUUUUGGAUCGGGCCCUUCUACCCCAUCGUGCGGCUUCUCCAUCCUAAAUUCAUUGCCCCUGUGCUCCAGGCUCCAGCUGCAGUUAUGCCCAAGGAAAUGACGUUUUUAGGCUUCCUGAAGCCCUGGCUGGGGGAUGGGCUGUUUCUGAGCGCUGGUGCCAAGUGGAGCCACCACCGCCGCCUGCUGACGCCGGCCUUCCACUUUGACAUCCUCAAACCCUACGUGAAGACUUUCAACAAGACCGCGGACAUCAUGCACGCCAAGUGGCAGCGCCUGGCCUCAGGGGGCAGCGCCCGUCUGGACAUGUUCGAGCACAUCAGCCUCAUGACCUUGGACAGCCUGCAGAAAUGCAUCUUUGGCUUCGACAGCAACUGUCAGGAGCAUCCCAGUAAAUAUAUUGCCACCAUCCUGGAGCUCAGUUCCCUCAUCAUCAAACGCUUCUAUCAGCUCUUCCUGUACCUGGAUUUCAUAUACUACCUCACUCCCGAUGGGCGACGCUUCCGUGAGGCUUGCAAGGUGGCGCACGACUUCACAGAUGCUGUCAUCCAGGAGAGGCGCCGCGCCCUCGCCGGCCAGGACCUUGACGAAUUCCUGAAAGCCAAGGCCAAGUCGAAGACUCUGGACUUCAUUGACGUGCUCCUGUUGGCCAAGGAUGAAAAUGGGAAGGAGCUGUCAGAUGAGGACAUUCGAUCAGAGGCUGCCACCUUCAUGUUUGGAGGCCAUGAUACCACAGCCAGUGGGCUCUCCUGGGUCCUGUACAACCUGGCGAGGCACCCAGAACACCAGGAGCGCUGUCGGGAGGAGGUGCGGGAGCUCCUGAGGGGCCGAGACACUGAAGAGAUUGAGUGGGACGACCUGCCUCAGUUGCGCUUCCUGACCAUGUGCAUCAAGGAGAGCCUGCGGCUGCAUCCCCCGGUCACGGACAUAAUACGCUACUGCACCCAGGACGUCACACUCCCUGAUGGCCGAGUGAUCCCCAAAGGGAACGUCUGCGGCGUGAGCAUCUUCGGGGUGCAUCACAACCCGUCCGUCUGGCCGGAUCCCGAGGUCUAUGAUCCCUAUCGCUUUGACCCAGAGAACCCCGAGAAAAGAUCACCUCUGGCUUUUAUUCCCUUCUCGGCGGGGCCCAGGAACUGCAUCGGACAAACGUUCGCCAUGAGCGAGAUGAAGGUGGCGCUGGCGCUGACGCUGCUGCGCUUCCGCGUCCUGCCCGACCGCGCCGAGCCGCGCCGGCAGCCCGAGCUGAUCCUGCGCGCCGAGGGCGGACUGCGGCUGCGCGUGGAGCCGCUGGGCGCGCCUGCGCGCUGA